UAUAAACUGGUGGAUGGCAGCCAAAACAUCUGCUAUUGGCUAAGUUACACUUGGCACAGUAUGCCCAUCUCUACUGCUGAAUGAGUAUAAUCUCAGCAGAGAGAAGAAGGUGGGGAGAAGCUAGCUCCUCCCUCCAUCCAAAUCUCCAUUUAGGCUGUCCUAGAAAGAAAUUACCCCCCUAAAAUCAGCCUUGGUGGUUUCAGAGGAAGAGGGUCAUUGGAGAUUGGGCAGCAAGAGCCCCCCAAGAUGAGGAUAGCCAUCCUCCUGAGCCUUCUGUUCCAUGCUGCUGCUGCUUUUCACCAACUACAUUACCUGGUGGUGAUCCCUGCAGAUCUCCGCUACCCAUCCACCCAAGUUGCUUGCCUCCACAUCACCUGUUAUGAAGCAAAGCUUCAAGUGAAUCUGGUCCUGGAGCGCUCUGCAGGACACAAUCUCUUAGUGCAAGAAACCAUCCAGAAGGAGAAGACUUUCAUGUGUGCUAAGUUCUGGGUUGCACCUCCAGCUGAUGGCACAGAGGAGAUUGCCACUGUCAAGCUGCUUAUCACAGGCCAAGGAGUCAGUAUUGAGGAGAAGAAAAAGGUCCUGAUCAGAAAGGCCAGCAGUGGCACCUUCAUCCAAACAGACAGACCCAUCUAUAAACCAGGUGAAACAGUGAAAUUUCGUAUUGUGACUCUGGAUGAGGACUUCAUUGCACUUAAUGAUUCGAUUUCCCUGUUUCUUCAGGACCCUAACAGCAACCGGAUAGAGCAGUGGCUGAACGUGGUGCCCCAAGAUGGCAUUGCAGAUCUGUCUUUCCAGCUAAGUGAUGAGCCACUGCUUGGAACAUACGUCAUCAAUGUAACCAAUGGGGAAGCAUACGACAGCUUCUCUGUUGAGGAUUAUGCUCUGCCAAGAUUUGAAGUGAUCUUUGAGGUACCAAUUAAGAUUUAUGCACUAGAUAAAACCUUCCCGCUCCGGGUAUGUGGCAGAUACACCUAUGGGAAAGGUGUCCAGGGGAUGGUUCAUGUGCAGCUUUGUCAGAAGAUAGCAGUGUUCUUACCCAGUGCUUCGAAACCUGAUCUCUGUCAGGAAUUCCACAGCCAGACAGACAAGAUGGGUUGCUUCUUCACAAAUGUGACCCUAUCCUCCUUCAGCCGAGACUUCCGGUACUACCAGGACAGCAUAGUUGCAGAGGCCUCAGUGGUGGAAGAUGGCACAGAGAUACAGGUCAAUGCAUCCCACAAAUUACUCAUUUCCAAGAUUGGUGGAAUGGCCUUGUUUGAUGAUGUGAAUUCUUACUACCAUACUGGAGAGAUGUACAGGGGGAAGAUUAGAGUCACUGACUACAAAGGCAAGACACUGAAGUACAAAAAAGUUCUCCUCAUAGUAAGCAGUGGUGAGCAGCAGUUUCAGCAUAAGUACACCACUGGGGAUGCUGGGGAAGUUUCAUUUAGCCUGAAUACAACUUCUUGGAACAGCACCUCAGCCUCCCUGGAGGCAAGUGUCUUGCAUCAAGAUUUGGAUAGAGAGCCUGGGACAGUUGAUUUGAAUUACCAAAAAGCCUCUCAUUUCAUACAUCCAUUCUACAGCACCAGCAGGAGUUUUCUCACUAUUGUCCGUGUGCCAGAAAUGAUGCCCUGUAGUAAAAAGCAGGCUAUCCAGGUGGACUUCAGAAUCUACCAGGAAGACCUGGAACAUGGGCCCAAGCGUGUCAUUUUCUCCUACUUCUUCACGGGGAAAAGAGGGAUAGUCCAUACAGGCCAGAAGACUGUUUGGGUUGGGCUGCCAAGAAUGCUGAAAGGCUUCUUCUCCAUCCCUGUUACCUUCAGCUCAGUCUAUGCUCCAGCUCCAACACUCAUUGUUUAUGUUAUCUUCCCUAAUGGAAAAAUCAUUGCUGAUUCUGCCACCUUCAGUGUCUCCCCGUGUUUCAGAAAUAAGGUGGAGCUGGGCUUCUCAACGUCCCAGACUCUUCCUGAUUCAGAGGUUGGUUUGAACCUGCUGGCAGCUCCUGGGUCCACAUGUGCUGUCUGGGCUGUGGAUCAGAGUGUCUUUUUGCUGAAGCCAGAAAAAGAACUCAGCAGCUCCAUGAUCUAUGGGCUCUUCCCAUCUGUUUAUAACUCUGGGUAUCCUCACCAAGUGUCUGAAGAUGAUCAUUCAUGUGGGUUCCCAAAUUCUGACGAGCCUGAUGUGUUUACAGCAUUCAAGGAAAUGGGGUUGAAAAUUAUGUCCAACACCAAUAUCAGGAAACCAAGAUUGUGUCUAACUACUCAGUCAACAACUAUGCUGCAGGAAACAGGCGUGAUCACUUCCAGGCCCAUGUUGAUGUUUGCUCAACCUCAUAAAGCACAUAACACAGGGCAUCUGUUGACAUCUACCCAUCAGCCCACCAUGUUUUCACCUGUUUCUCCAGCUGAAGAGAAAGUGCACAAAUAUUUCACAAAAACCUGGAUAUGGGAUUUGUAUUCUGUGGGUUCCAGUGGUAACAAGAGUGUCACUGUCACAGUGCCUGGCACCAUCACAGAAUGGAAAGCAGGGAUGUUCUGCACAGGACAUAAUGGCUUUGGACUUGCUCCAACCUCCAGUUUGCUUGUUUUCAAGCCCUUUUUUGUGGAUCUCACACUGCCAUCUUCUGUGAUCCAGGGUGAGACCUUCAUCUUGAAGGCCACAGUCUUCAACUACCUGCAGCGAUGCAUGAAGGUCCAAGUCACUGUGGAGGAGUUCACACACUUCCAGCUGAAGCCAUGUAAAGGCUGUGUCUACAGCAGCUGCUUAUGUGCUGGAGAAGAUAAAACGUUUCAGUGGAGUGUCACAGCAGAGCAACUGGGGCUCAUGAACAUCACCAUCAGCACAGAGGCUGUGGCUACCAAAGAGCUCUGUGGCAAAGAGAUACCAUUUGUCCCAAACCAAGGACAGAAAGAUACAAUCACCAAGCUCCUUCUUGUCCGGCCAGAGGGAGUACUGGUGGAAAAGGCUCACAGCUCCAUCCUGUGUCCCAAAAAAGGAAGUCCAGCACAGGAGUCUGUGUCCUUGAUGUUGCCUCAAAAUGUGGUUGAAGGUUCAGUCAGAGCUACAGUCUCAGUCACUGGUGACCUCAUGGGGACUGUACUACAGAACUUGGACAACCUGGUGCAUAUGCCCCAUGGCUGUGGGGAGCAGAACAUGGUACUCUUUGCCCCCAUUGUCUAUGUGCUGCAGUACCUAGAGAAGACGGGACAGCUGACCCCUGAAAUCAAGGAAAGGGCAACAGGAUUCCUGCGCAAGGGGUACCAGAUACAGCUGCAGUAUCAACACCCCGAUGGUUCUUUCAGUGAAUUUGGUACCAAGGAUGAGUACGGUAAUACUUGGCUGACUUCAUUUGUGGUCAAAUGCUUUGUUCAAGCCAAGCCAUACAUUUUCCUGGACAAUAGGAGCAUCCAAGCUGCUCUCAACUGGCUGGAGUUCCACCAGCUUCCUAAUGGAUGCUUCAGAAAUGUGGGCCAACUUUUUCACACAGCCAUGAAGGGAGGUGUGGAUGGGGAAGUCCCCUUGGCUGCCUACAUCACAGCUGCAUACUUGGAGGCAGGGGAGACACCAGAGAGUACAGUGGUGCGCAAGGCUCUGGGCUGCAUCGCUCAUUCUCUUCCCAAAGCUGCCAGCACUUACACACAGGCCCUGCUGGCCUACACCUUCGCCCUGGCUAAGGACCCUCAACGCACACAAGAGCUUCUCGACAUGCUUGAUCAAAAGGCAAUCAGAGCAGGUGGGCAGAUCCAUUGGAGUCAGAGCCCAUCCGAGACACCCAGCGCUUGGUCACAGCCACUGUCUGUGGAUGUGGAGUUGACAGCCUACGUCCUGCUGGCCCUGCUCUCCAAGCCAAAUGUUACAAGAGCAGAUCUCACCACAGCCUCUGGCAUUGUGGCCUGGCUCACCAGGCAACAGAACGCCUAUGGAGGAUUUGCCUCAACACAGGACACAGUGGUUGCCCUGCAGGCCUUGGCUAAGUAUGCAGCGCUGACGUACAGCACAAAGGGGGUUGCAGAAGUGAGGGUGAGGUCCCAGAAAGGCUUUGGGAGGAAGUUCCAAGUCUCCUACCAGAACCGACUUUCGGUGCAGGAGGUGGCACUGACAGAAAUCCCAGGAAAGUUCUCAGUGCAGGCCCAUGGCAGCUGUUGUGUCUUUACCCGGAUGGUGCUGAGGUACAACACUCCCUUCCCACAAGUCUCCAAAUCCUUUUUCUUGCGAGUGAAAACCAAGCCAGUCAAUUGCACCAGGGAUGAUACCCACUCUGUAACUCUCUACGUCAAUGUCAGGUACACUGGGAAGAGAGCCAUUUCCAACAUGGUGAUUGUGGAGGUGUCCCUUCUGUCUGGAUUUGUCCUGGCUCCAGGAUCUGGGAUGCCUAUGGAGCAUUGGCACCCUGUGAAAAGAACUGAAAAAACCCAAGCAGGUGUUGCCAUCUACUUGGACAAGCUGAGCCAUAAGUCUGAGACAUAUGUCCUGCACCUGGAACGGGAGAUUGGGGUGACCAACCUGAAGCCAGGACAUGUCAGGGUCUAUGACUACUACCAUCCAGAGGAGCAGGCCAUGGCUGAUUAUAAUGUUUUCUGCAUCUGAGCCCCACUAUCUUUGCCUGAGAGGAGGAGCCCCGUGUACCUCUGAUUCAGCAUAUUCCCUUUAUCUAGAACCACAUCUGGAAUUCCUUGGGCCUCCAUCUGUCCUCUGUUUUCUGGAUUUUUUUUUGUGUUGUCUUUGCUAAAUUGCUCUGUACACGAAAUGGUUAACACAUGUUCUUGCUGUAAAGUCUGGGGGAUAUCUGAGCUUGGUAUAGUUGGUGGGUCUGCCUGCCAGCUGAAUGACAGUGCUUGCAGACAGUUUUCACUGAUCCAGAAGAAAUUCCAAGCAGAAUUAAUGGUAAUAGUUCCAGCUUACAGUAUUUGGAUAUGGGUGGAUAUGCCAUCUCUUCCUGGGUAGAGGCUGAAUUAGGACAAGAAUACGUGAUCAAACCAGAGAAACACUUUCCCCAAGAGUCUUUAUUGAGGGUCUGGUCUACUUAGCUGUUAGCAUCCCAGAAUUAAUCAUUUCAGUCAUCCUAUUUUCUCUCUGUUUUUCUCCUUCUUCGUACUGUUUUGUUUGUUUGUUUGUUUGUUUGUUUGUUUUUUAUCCAAGGACCUGAUAUGCUCUCUAACUAUCCACUGUUUCAACCCCCAGGGGUCCCAUUAUUGGGAGAUGCCCUAGGAGAGCACGGCUGCUGCAUUAUUGCUUUCGGUAUGAUGGGGCAUACAUUACCUGCAAAGUCACACACAUUUCAGUGGGCUUGGGAUAUUGGUUCUGGGGCUGAUCUCAAGUUGGAUUUCAGGACUAAACCCAGCCCACGCCAUGCUGACAGCCAUUUCCUGGUGAAUUCUUUUGGGUGUCUGAUUAAUUCUGAUUGUUUUAAUCCAGGGAUUUUCUUGCUUGUAAACAGAAGGAAAAUAAAAUAUA